AUGGACCCUGCGUGUCGAACGAUCCCCGCCGGACACGUUAUCUUCUCAUCCUAUCCAUUUCUCCAGUUUCGUGGCCAGGACUCCCUGGACAAAGACGAUUUGGCGUAUCUAGCUGCCAAAGGGUGUCUGAGUGUUCCUGACAAGACGCUGAUUGAUGAUUUCCUUCGAGGAUACUUUCUGCACAUUCAUCCAUACGUGCCUGUUCUCGACGAAGCUGAAGUCUGGGAUCUGUAUGGGCUGCUGGACGAGGAUGAUGACUCCAGAACAAUAUCACUUUUUGUGUUCCAGGCGAUUCUUUUCGCUAGUUGUCCGUAUGUUUCGAGGGACACGAUUCAAAAAUGUGGCUUCGAGGACAAGAGGAGCGCAAGGAACGAGUUUUACAAAAGGGCCAAAAUAUUUUUCGAUCUCAAGGCAGACGACAGGCCUUUGAUACAGGCCCAAGGCGCAACCCUUCUGUCACUUCAUACCUCGGCAGAUGAGCCCCAAGCAGGGAGCCUGUGGUUGACCCGCGCGAUCCAAGCUGCGAUGAUUGUCAGGUGCAAACCUGGGCCCUCCGAGGAUGUAGAGGCUUCUGUCAAGAAGCGGCUCUGGUGGUCUAUCAUCCUCCGCGACCGAAGCCUGUGUCUUGGCCUCCGACGUCGCCCGCAAAUCACCUCUGUCGACUGUGGAAUGGGAGUCGAGCCUCUUGAGGAGGAAGACUUCGCGGAAGAGAUCCGAAAAUCUCAAGUAUACAGUCCAAGUACAAAGCGGUUAUUGUUCAAAGCGCUCCAAGAACAAUGCCGCUUGGCGGCACUAUUGACAGAAAUGGUAUCCGUUGUGUUCGCCUCGCAUGGGCUAUCCGCGCCUCUUCUCUCGCUCGAUGAAUUCAAAGAGUCUUUGGAGAAGAUUCGUCGAAUGAAAGAGUCCUUGCAACAGUGGGAGAUAUGUUCGAGGAUGUCCAGCUGGAUGAAGGGGGACCUGCCAGACCCGGUUACCCUUUUUGUUAAGUUCACUCUUAUGUAUUUUCAAACUGCACGAGUAGACCUCGCUCAUUACGAGGCACUUCUCGUCGAAAACCACAUUGCCUUUGCUGGGCAGGACUAUAUCUCCCAGCUUGUGGAGAUAGGCACCACACUCCAAGAGGCCAUGAGCGAUCUCACAACCAUAAUGGAGUAUUUCAGUCGCGAAGGUCGAGCGCAGAGUCUCCCACUGAGCGUACUCGCAUACGUAGCGAUGCCCCUCGUCCUCACCGCGAUCGACCUCAAGCUCUCCUCCUCAUCGACAGAACUGAACUCUAGACGCCGCCGUCUCGAUGUGCUCGGAGAAAUCGUUCGCCACUCAGGACACUCCUAUGAUGUGACCGAUUUUGUCAGCACGGGCACCAAUCAUAUCCUUCAGCUAGCGUACAUCACAGCGCAGCAUCUCUUCCUCCGGUGGGACCGCGACUCGACUUCUCCUUCGUCGACGCAGUCCUCGGCUAGAUUCGGGAGCGGAGAUGACGAAGCUGUAGAAGUGCAACCGCAGCCGUAUGUGGCUCGCAGAGCGAAGGAUUGGUACGAUGCUUUCUUACAGUGUCCGCGCGCAUAUCUCCUGAUCUCCACCUCCGUGGAUUAUAGCCUUUCAGUUGGGCGCCUGCCAGGAGAUGGCUGCCUUCCGGAAUUGGUCAGGUGUAUUCCGCCCAUUGGAGUGGGGAUCCGUUUACCCUGGACGAUCGAUGUGAGGGACACUGGGACGAGGCGUCUCGCCAAGACUGUAACGCCGUCCGGUACAGGGGCAGAGCAUGGCCAUGAGCGCCGAGACCAGGCAUCUCGGCCUAUCGCCCGGCCGAAUGACUGUGGGGACGAGGAUCAGGUGAACCUGGAUUAUUUCCACAUGGACGCCAUAUCGAUCCGCUCUUCGAGUCCUACUGGUGAUGUCUUUCCUGUCCUCGGGGGUUCAACGGGUUCAACAAGAUCAGAUGAGCGGGAGGUUACGCAAGACGAAGCUGUUCCAGGAUUCGACGCAGAUCUAGACCUUGAUUUAAACGAAUGGCAGUUGGGAAACCCAGAGGACCUAUUCGACCCCCUCAUCACGUCCAUGGUACAGGACUAUCUUAGCGGCGGGGGCAGUCCAGGGACAGAUGGGGAGAUUGUUGUUAUCGACCGCUAA